UGAUAAUUUGCAUAACGAUUGUAUCGAGGUUUUAAAUGCAAAAGCAGCGUUUAGCAAAAUAUCUAGUUGAGACAGAUACAUAUGUACGCGUUCAAGAGAACGAAGAAAAGGUUGCAUUUUGCGAGUCACGAUCUUCCGUCGUGAACCAUUAAAAAUAUAGAGGUGCUUGUGCAUUAGUUAAUGUUUUCGUGUAUAUAUAUUAAGCAAAUCCUUCACGUCCAUUGCUAGGGCGGAAUUUCUUUAUAUUGUAAAGAUUCUCCUGCCAACAAAAUCGUUUCUUAACUUGAAAACUUUAUCUCAGCUUUCAAGUCAUUACUUAACUGAUACUGAGUCAUAUUAUGGAAGCGCGAAUUAAGGCAGUAUUGGGAACCAAGGUAUUGAAACCGACUGGACAAUAUGGAGGUGGAUGUAUUUGUCAGGGCGAAGUGUACCAAACAGACAACGGAAAGGUGUUCGUUAAGACGAACUAUUCACCGAACGCUCGCGCUAUGUUUGAAGGUGAGAUGGCAUCACUGGAGGCAAUUCGAUCGACACAUACCGUUCGAACCCCGCUACCACUACACGUGAUUUCUCUGGAGGAAACCGGCAAACAAGGAGCCGCGCUGGUCAUGGAGGCUCUUGAAAUGACAGGUGGUAAACAAUGUCAUGCAAAAGAACUCGGCAUAAAGCUGGCUAGAAUGCAUGAUCACAAUCGGAUUCUUAUAGAAAGCGGAGACGCUAGAGCCCAACGUCGAUUUGGUUUUGCUAUUACUACCUUUUGUGGAGCCAUACCGCUGGACAACUCUUGGAAAGACGACUGGAUAUCAUUUUAUACGCAAAACCGCAUUGAGCUUCAGGUUAAGAUGGUGGAAACAAAAUAUGGAGAUCGUCAGGUUCGUGAGCUUUGGACCCAGUUGGAAAAAAAAGUUCCGAAGUUCUUUCAAGGGAUCCAGAUUGUACCUGCUUUACUUCAUGGUGACCUAUGGUUCGGCAAUAAGGCUGAGUUGGCGAAUGAAUCCGUUAUCUUCGAUCCUGGAAGUUUCUUUGGUCAUGCAGAGUUCGAAUUUGGAAUCAUGCAAAUGUUCGGAGGCUUUAGCCGAGAAUUUUACGAGGGUUAUUACAGCGUACGACCUAAAGAGAACGGCUUCGAGAGACGCUGCAACUUGUAUGAGCUUUUUCAUCAGUUAAAUCAUUGGAAUCAUUUUGGAUCUGGAUACAAGGGCUCUACGAUUGGCCUGCUGAAACGAUUACUUGCUGAGUGAUCUAUCAUAAUGUACCAUUCAAUGCUGUGAGGUCAGAGAAAAAAAAGCAAUAUUCUAGGAAGAAUGAAUACAGAAGGAACAAUAAAUGCAUCUAUAAUAAAGUAUACAAAAAGACGCCCCUACUCUCACAGAUCACCACCAACUUGUUUGAAUAAAUAUAUAUAUAUAUAUAUAAAUAUAUAUAUAAUGAGGCAGAA